ACAAUCUGAGGGAAAUUAGGGAACCUAAAUUGGCUUUAACUCCAAAAUAUUCAAACUUGUUUUCUUCUUCUUCUCAUUUUUCUCAUCAACCACCACAUUAAAAAAAUUCAAUCUUUCUCUUGUAAAUCUCGCUUCUUCUCUUUUCUUUUUUUGCAAAAUUCAACUUCUUUCUUUUCUUACAACCCAAAAAUCUUGUUUUUCUUCUAUAAUUUUCAUUACUCUCUUUCAUUUGCUUUGCUCUGCUUCUGAUUAAAAUAUUUUUGGCAAAAAAAGUGAAAAAGGAGCAGUCACAGUUGUCUUCUUCCACUUUGAUCUCAGAGUAGUUUUUCAGCUCUGUUCAGACUUGGUAAAGCUUGUUUGAGUGAAAAAGUUGAAUCUUGUUAAGUUCUCGCAACUGGGUUUUUGGAUUUUCAGGCAUUUUCUGUUUUCUUUUUGCUUUAGUUUACUGGGUUCAUUUUAUAAUUUGAUAGAAAUCUCGACAGCUUGUGCGAUUCUACUUCCAAGAAAAUAAUGGGGUUUUAAAGAAAAGUUGAGAGCGAGGUUUGUUUGUUGAAGUUUAAUUUAUGGAAGGUACUAAUACUUUGAGUAGCAGUGGAGUGACAGUGGUGGGAUCAGAUGCUCCCUCGGAGUACCAUGUGGCUCCUAGGACCACAACUGAAAAUCCACCUGAGGUCACUGGAUCAGCGUCACUAGCUAUCACUGUAAGCCCAGCACCAGUUUCUGGUGCUCCGCCGCAGUCAGGGGCUGCCGGAGUGGGGGGCGACACCACCUUGAAGAAAAAAAGGGGCAGGCCUAGGAAGUAUGGCCCUGAUGGGUCAGUAGGUAUGGCUCUCUCACCGAAGCCGAUUUCCUCCUCCGCCCCGCCUCCGGUGAUCGACUUCUCUGCGGUCGGGAAGCGUGGAAAGGUCCGGUCCGUUGGCUCGGGUGUCAAGCUGCAGCAGCUGAGAAUGGAGAAUGAGGGUUCCGCAGGUGAAUGGGUUUCAUGUUCUGUUGGUGCUAAUUUUAUGCCGCAUAUAAUCACUGUCAAUGCUGGAGAGGAUGUGACCAUGAAGAUUAUAUCUUUCUCUCAGCAAGGUCCCCGGGCAAUUUGUGUUCUCUCGGCAAACGGUGUCGUUUCAAGCGUAACUCUUCGUCAACCUGAUUCUUCUGGUGGUACAUUGACAUAUGAGGGUCGCUUUGAGAUACUGUCUUUAUCGGGAUCGUUUAUGCCUUCUGAGACGGGAGGAAUGAGAAACAGAUCAGGUGGUAUGAGCGUUUCUUUGGCUAGUCCAGAUGGCCGUGUUGUUGGUGGUGGAGUCGCAGGCUUAUUAGUAGCCGCCAGUCCCGUGCAGAUUGUAAUCGGAAGUUUUCUGGCCGGUAACCAUCUGGAGCAGAAGACCAAGAAACACAAACCCGAGUCCAUGACUAUCAUACCUGCUGCCCCUAUCCCUAUCCCUAGUGCUGGGACGGAGGAUACAUACAAUACGUCGUCUUCCUUCCGCGGAGAUAGCUGGUCGCCCCUUCCCCCCAACACAACGAGUAAGCCCGCCGACAUCAAUAUAACUUUACAUGGACAGUAAGCCCAAUACUUCUGAUUUUACUGACCACAUUGGCAUUGGACGUAGAUUCAUCGUUCUCCCGUUUCAUGAAUCUCUUCGCCUCUUUGUUAGUUGCCUCUUAACCUCGACAUGCAUGCCAAAUUUGGGGCAAGAUUGUGUAGUAACUUAGUUCAUUAGUUCGGUUUUUUAUACCUCCCUUCCGCUGCGUAGUAGAACGGUUUUAGAUGUAAAAUUUUACCCUACUUGAACAUGCUUGUUAGUUUUCGUCUAGCAUUGACGUAGAGUCUUUGGAGUUCUUUGUGGACCUUUCGGCACCUUUACAUUGGUUUUGAAUUUGUACUUUCGAUCAGUCGGAGCAGAGAUUAAUGUUAAACCUCAUCAGCUAUAGCGAAGUCACUAUUGGUACUUUGUUUCACUUAUUUAUGUUUUUGUUAAAGAAGAAUCUUUCUCAACUCCCUUUUGGAGUGAAACUCAUGAUCUCUCUUAUAAAGAGGGUGUCACCAUUGAACCA